CGCGAGUAGUUCGACGAAAAUCUCGCAAACGUCAAAAUGUUGGAAUUAAAGCUUGUCACAUCUGAUGUUAUAAUAUUAUUCACAGCUGCCGUACUAGGAACAGCUUUCUAUAAUGCAUACCAACAUAUGCCUGCAAGCAGUGAAGCUGAUGAGGAUGAGAGGGAGGGUGGCCAAGAUGAAGAUGACAUAAAUGAAGAAACAGAAAACGAGAUUAACAGACAAAUCCAGUUUGACUGGAAAGAAGAGAAUAUAGAUGGCCCACUAGACGAAAACCUUAUCAUUGGAAGAUAUACAUACUCAAGGGGGGAAAAUAUUGAACAAAUGUUCGAGUUUCUUCAAGUUCCAUAUUGGAAGAGAGUGAUCCUCUGGGUGUUUCCUGUUAAGUGCAGGCUUAUGAAACUGGCCUCUGGAAAAUGGAAGUACAUAUUUUCCUAUGGAGCGUUUAGUCAUUUGCAUAAACACUGGAAUUUUGAUAUGGGACAUCAUAAAAUGUUACAAGCUCCAUUCAGUGAUUUAGAAUUGGAGUACUUUGUCAGCACUAAAGGAUCAAAUAGGUUAAUUAGUGCCAUGACACUUUAUAAACCGUAUGAUGAUAGAUUCAGGAGUAUAAUUGAAGAAAGAGUAUUUACCAAUGCUGGUGUUGUUCAAGUUAUAAGGAUUGCAGAGAAACCAGAUCUCUCAUGUACACUGUACUGGACUAGAGAUUAGUUACAAUAUUAUCAAUCAGCCUAUCAUGAUAUUCAAAAUUUUAGUCAUUUUAGAUUAAAUAAAAAGUUUUUGGAUUUA